AAAAUAACAAAGGGACUCCUCAGCUCCAUUUCAGUCAACUCUGGCGUCUGCUUGUCCGAUAGAGGGAAGAAACCCCAAAGAACUUUCCUUUCUUCCUUACUAAAAACCCAUCUUCACUGCAAACAAUUUCCCCCAAAAUCCUUUCUCUUGAAAUAAUGGAUGCCGCCAUGGAAGACCUUUCUCCCCCUUCUCCUCCGGGACUCAACGAUUUCGCCCUAAGCGGCAAGAUUAUGCUCAGCGCCAUCAUCAUCCUCCUCUUCGUCGUCAUUCUCAUCAUUUGCCUUCACCUCUACGCCCGCUGGUACGUUCUCCGAGCUCGCCGCCGUGGAACUCUCCGCCGCCGUAACCGCCUCGUCUUCUAUUUCGAACCCGAAAACCCCUCUGCCCCACACGGCGCCGCCGUCUCUCAACAUCGCGGCCUCGAUUCCUCUGUUCUCAAUUCUCUCCCUGUUUUCACUUUCUCUUCCAAAUCCCACUCCGAUCCCAUCGAUUGCGCCGUGUGUUUGUCCGAAUUUGAGGAAAAUGAAAAGGGCCGUACACUUCCCAAAUGUUCUCAUAGCUUUCAUAUCGAUUGCAUCGACAUGUGGUUUCAUUCUCAUGCCACCUGCCCUCUCUGUCGCUCGCCGGUCGAGCUGGCUCCGGAGACACCAGCGGAGGUAGCGAUUUCCAUUGAGGAACCGGUGAUAGCUGAAUCCGGUUCGAGUUCUGGUUUUUGCGCAGAGUGCGAUCGGUCCGACCGGAUGGCUCCUUCUUCGGCCGGUACUCGGUCGUUUAGGGCACGGCGGAAGCCGGCGGAACUGGCUGGAGUUUCAAUUGAGAUUCCGACGCGGAGAGAGGGCGAGUUCGCGGCUUCAUUGUCGCCGACCACUCCAUCAUUCAAGUCGCCGAUAAGUCGGGUGAUGUCGUUGUCAUUCAAGAUGAUCAUUGGACGGGAGAGAAGAGGCGACGUGUCACCGACCGGAAAUGGAGUCGGCUGCAGCUCCGGCGCCGGCGGGCAGUUGGAUAUUGAAAAAGGAAAGGAAAGCGUUCUGUGAAUCGAAAGUCGAACUCGGAAAUUGACUCAGCGACUUGGAAGACAAGUCGGCUUGUGGAGACUGGAGGGUCAAGUCCAGCGUGGAACUGACAACGCCUUGGUGGAGGGUUUUGUCAGAUUAACGAACACGUGGCAGUUGUGUUUUUUUAAUUUGUAUUCUUUAUAGAACAUAGAUUUUGACCGUAGAUAUUGAUGUCUUAAUUAGUGCAAACAAUGUACUAGUACGAUUAAUUAUAAUGGAGCAAUCAGUAUUUUUUUCAUAAAUAAUUA